CACGGAGGCACGGCCACUGGGCUCGGGAGGAGGAGUGGCGCGCCGCUGGCCCACCUGGACCCGGGGACCCCUCCCGGUCCCUGGCGGUGGUCGCGCAGUCACGUGGCCUGAGGACGCGCGGCAGUGCGGGUUGCAGCCAAACCACCGUUUUGAAAUGCCCAGUGAUGAAAGCCUGAGUUCGCCGCACGCCAUCCUGAAGGGAGGGGGCUGAGUGUCCAUCUGGGCAGCAAUUGCUCCGUGCCUGUGACCAAAAACGGAAUUAAGCUCUAGAGUACCAGGGUGAACCGGACAGGACCUGUGACCUGUGGGCGGGUCCGUUCUGCGUGAGGUGUUUGGAGCAGGUAUGGGCUGUGGCCGAGGAGAUGUGCAGGUGCCUGACCUAGCCUAACACAGACACAACCUGCACAAACGGAAACGCCUCCUUCAUACGCUUGCAUUUUAGAGUCUUCUGUCACCACAGUAACUGGUCUACUCUACCCUGAUCAGCUGGGUACCGAAUUCACGUGUCAAGCCUUCGCUGCCUUUGAAGGGGAAAAAAAAAACCCGGAAGAGGGAUUGCUGCAUUUGCUGGCUGCUUCUAAAUUACUGCUUCCCCUAACUACAGACAGCCUGUUUUCCCUCAUGGUAAAAACAGCAUUUGGCUAAUGAGCGGAGUGACGAGGUCCUCGAGUGAGACCGAGGAUAUCUGGGGGGCAGAGGAGGAUGAUAUGACAGAAGGUGACCUUGGGUAUGGCCUCGGAAGAAGACCUGGCGGUCUUUAUGAAGUUCCGUGUUCGACUGCAUCUAAGAAAAGGUCAGAGGGGAAGAACUUGAGCCCUCCUCCGCUUCCAAAAAAUGGGGAAGAAAGAGGCGAAACCGGGUUCCAGGACUCCAGGAAUAAGGACUUGCGGGGUGCAUGUGCUCAUGGAUGCCCAGCGUCCGGCUACAGACGGCAGAGCAGCUCUGAUUCUAACUCAGAAUUGUCAAAUGAACAAUUGAGGCAACGUCUUCGUGAAACUUUAGAGGAAGUGGAGAUUUUAAAAACUGAACUUGAAGCAUCUCAGAGACAACUUGAAGGUAAAGAGGAAGCAUUGAAAAUCCUUCAGAGCAUGGCAGUACUUGACAAGGCCACAAGUCACACACAGACAGUGCUUCAAAAAACUAUAGAGCAAAAGAGAGCUCUGGAGAAGGAAAUAAAUGCCUUGCAGUGGGAAAUGGAAUUUGAUCACGAUAGAUUUAAAACUAUAGAGGAAUCUUGGACCCAAAAAUAUGACAGACUAAACUGUGACAAUGCAGUUCUCAGAGAGAAUCUGAAGGUGAAAACAGAGGAGAUUAAAAUGCUCAAGUCUGAAAAUGCUGUUUUGAAUCAGCGGUACUUGGAGGCCCUCGCCAUGCUUGACAUCACACAGCAGAAGAUGGCUCAGGAGAACAUGGGUCAGGAGGACAGCGGCUUUACAGAGGUGUCGGGUCUCGAGCUUGCAGUCCUCGGAGCCUGCCUGUGUCGCGGUCCUGGAGGGAGCCCCUGUUCUUGUGCCAAAAUGGCAGCAUCCACGCGGAAACUGGUUCUUCAGCUCAGACAGGAGUUGGAAACUCUGCAGAAGAGUAAGGAAGAGGCUCAUAUAAUGGCAGAUGCAUUCAGAAUUGCUUUUGAGCAACAGCUCAUGCGGACGAACGACCAGGCCCUGAGAUUGGCACACGGGGAUAAGUGGAGAAGAGCAGCAACGUGGAUCAACAGGCAACACCUGAAAGAGGAUGGCUAUCAAGCACAAAGGAGAAAGAAGACCUUGGGGCAGAGGCUGCUGGGGAUACUUCCUUCGGAAAACAGUUCCAAGAGGACUGAAGACCAAGACAACCCACAAGAUGUCUUUAAGAUGCUAAUAGAUUUGCUGAAUGACAAAGAAGAGGCACUGGCCCAUCAAAGAAAGGUCAGUUACAUGCUUGCCCGGGCGCUGGAAGACAAGGACACGGCUGCAAAGAAUGAAGGCAAAAUUCCCACGAACCACAGUGUCCCACUCACAACCCCCAGGUCGGAAGCUUCAGAACGCUGUGUUUUGCAUGAUCCAGCACACUCACGUGUUCACAUUUCUGAUCCUGUGGGUUGCAUUUGUUCAGUCCAGCACCCCCGGAGAGAUUCAAACUGCUCAAGAACUCUUAAAAGAUCCUGUUCUUUGCCGUCAAAUAUAUUUAAAAAAUAAACCAGUUGAAAUUAGAAUUAGAGCUAUUAAAAAUCAGAUUUGGGAGCUGAAAAUGUAUCUCGGAGGUAGGACACUUGGUUAGUGUGCGUAAGGCCUUGGGUUUAGCACAUGGUGGUGCACGCCUUUAAUCCCAGUACUCGGGAAGCAGAGCCAGGCAGCAGAUCUCUGACUUUGAGAGUAGCCUGGUCUACAUAGCGAGUUUCAGGAAGGCCUUGGGUUUGAUGUUCAGCAUUGUAAAGACUUUGAGAAAGAACACAGGGUGUGGAGGAUACUUGUAAAUCCCAAUACUUGGGAAGCUUAGGCAAAGACUACUGUGAAUUUGAUGGCUGAUUAGAUUACAGACUGUUGUCAAAAACAGAAAAAGAAUUACAUAAUGUUGAUAGUAAGUUGUAUGCUUUCUAGUUGUUUUUAAAAUGUAUUAGCAUAGUAAUUUACAAAGUAGUAAGUUCAUUAUGAUAUCUUAAUACAUAUAUUAACAAUAUAUAUGUUUUGACCACAUCCCUCCCUUUUAAUUUUAGGAUGCAGCUUAAGUAAUCAAACCUUUAACACAUGUCCUAUAAGAAAUGUAUUAGUACUGUAUUCUAUAAAAUGUAUUAUGUUGACAUUUUAUUUAUAAAAUACUUUUCCACAUUUUGA